AUGUCAAGCGGAUCGAAAAGAACCCGGAAAUAUGGAUCGAGGACGAAAGCUUUGGACACGGUACCAAAUGUGGAGCUGACCGGGAAAACGAUGCUCAUCACCGGGACAACUUCGGGAAUCGGAAUUGAGACAGCUCGCUCCCUUGCUCUCCUCGGUGCUCAUAUCGUGAUGGCCAAUCGAAAUCUCGUCGAAAGUGAGGCACUAAAGGAGAAAAUUCUCAAGGAAAAGCCGGACGCUAAAAUCGAUUUGUUAUCGUGUGAUCUUUCAUCACUUCAAAGUGUCAAAGCUGCGGCUGACGAAUACAAACAAAAACAAUGGCCAAUUCACGCGCUCGUCUUGAAUGCUGGCGUCUUUCAACCGAUUCAAAAAACGACUUUGGAUGGAUAUGAUUCAUCAUUUGGAGUCAAUCAUCUGGGACACUUCUACCUGAUACGCGAGCUUCUCCCCGUUGUCCGUCAAAGUGCUCCUGCUCGAAUUGUAAUUGUUUCUUCUCAUUCACACAAUCACACCGGGAUUAGCGCCACUGAUCCAACGGAAGUCAAAGUGAAACGUCUCAUUCAAAUGGGAGACACAAAUGAAUUCGGAUACCGUCUCUACGCAUAUUCCAAACUGUGCAACGUGCUUACUGGAUUUCGUCUACAUCGGAAAGAGAAUGCAAAUAACAUUUCGGUUUACGUUCUCCAUCCCGGAACAAUGAUUGGAACAAAUAUUUCUCGAGGAUAUGGUUUUUGGGGCAAGGCGAUGAACGUUCUUUCGAAGCCUUUCACUAAAGAUCUUUCACAGGGAGCCGCUACAACGGUGUACUGUGCUGCUUCUCCGGAAAUUGCCAACGUAUCGGGAAAGUAUUGGGAGAGUUGUUGGGAUGAUGAGAAACAAUUACAAGUGAAUCUUGCUCGGGAUGAAGAGUUUCAGGAUGCAUUUUGGGAUAAGUCCGAAGAACUUAUCUUCAAAUUCGAAAGCACUCGACGUCCGGCUCAAUCC